CCCUCUGGAUACCGAAGUCAGGGGCUGAACAACUUCUUUACAAAGUAAGUUAUGCUCGAAUACAAGAACAAGAGGGAUACGAAAUCGAAACAUCUGGGUCGUGAAAGCUAACAAUUAAAAUAACAAAAGGCGGUUUACAACACGCAGCUAACCAAAAAUUCCGUGAAAACAAGAAAAAACAUUUUUCCCUUAUACGAAAUUUAAUAUGAUUUUUUUCUUUCUGUAGGCUUGAUAAGAGAAGCCAAAGAGGAGAAAGCUCUGUCAACAAGAGGUGGCAGCGAAUCAAUUCAAAAGUAAGGGAUGAGACCGAUAAGGAGCCACCAGUUGGUGCGCCCAAGUAG